UUAUCCGAGGUUCCGUGCAGCAGUGGAAAAGAGCAGAUUUUAGCAGAGCAGCGAGGGUCGGAGAAGCCUCCCCAAGCUUCGAAUCGCUAUGCAGCCCGUCAAGGUGUACGCCGACCGGCGGUCGCAACCCUCCCGAGCUGUCAUCAUCUUCUGCAGGGUGAACCAGAUCGAUUUCGAGGAGGUCACGGUGGAUCUGUUCAAGUCUCAGCACCUCACACCCGAAUUCAAAAAAAUAAACCCAAUGGGACAGGUACCUGCAAUUGUUGAUGGAAGAUUCAAACUAUUUGAAAGUCAUGCGAUUUUGAGGUAUCUUGCAUCGGUUUUCCCUGGAGUAGCUGACCACUGGUAUCCUUCUGACUUGUUCACCAGAGCCAAAAUUGAGUCAAUCUUGGAUUGGCAUCACUCAAAUUUGCGGCGUGGUGCAGCAACCCUUGUAAUGCACACUGCAUUGGCUCCCUUCCUUGGUCUUACGACAAGUCAUGAGGCUGUGAAACAAGCAGAGAAGCUUGUGAUGCAGUCACUGGGGGUGAUCGAAUCCGUAUGGCUGAAAGGCGAUGCCAAGUUCUUGCUAGGUAUCCCCCAGCCAUCGAUUGCAGAUCUGAGCCUUGUCUGUGAGAUAAUGCAGUUGGAGAUCCUUGGCGAUGAGGUCCGUGACCGAUUCCUGGGAGCUCAUGAGAGGAUCCUUGUCUGGAUGGACAAGGUGAAGAAAGCCACGAGCCCUCAUUUUGAGGAAGCCCACGAGCUCCUUUUCCAAGUGAAGAAGGCACGCAUGGUGCAAGGCAGCAGCAGCAAGGCUUUUGAGUCGAGCACAAAGCUCAAAACAGCAUCAAAGCUCUGACGACCAAAGGCAGAAUAAGCGACAGACAGAUCCAUCUUGUGAUAUAAUAUAAUAAACGGGAACUAUUAUUAAUUACUGUUGGUAUUAAUUACACUUAUUCCAGAAGGCCA